GGCUUCUUAGUGUUUAGUGAUAACAUCGGCACAGAGCACCAGCACCGCAGAUGAGCGUCUAGUCCGUGUGUCCGUGAAAUUGAGUGUGUGGCAAAGCAGUAGCAGCAGCAGCAGCAGCAGCGGUGGAGAGUGUGACGUAGUGCAAGGAUUCCAGGAGCUUCAGCAAACUCCUUCGAAGGAUACAGACCGUCGCGAUCCGCCUGCUUCUUGUUCUGUGUGGUAGUGCAGUUCUAGCGUGUCGAUCGACCUGAUAGCAAAAACAUGUCACUCAAGAAGGUAGUGUCGAUCCUGGUGAUCUGCGUGGUCGCCGUGCAGGGUGCGAGUGUGCCGCAGAAGGACACGAGUCUGGCCAGCCGGUUGAGCUGGGACUGCGCCAACGAUGUGAACUGUGUGGCCGGUCUGGCGAAAGAUGUGAUGCAAAAGCUGCAGUCCCGUCGCUCGAUCGACUUCGGUGUGUUCAGCGUUCAGCCCGUCGAGCACGUCCCAGUGGACGGUGAGGGACGAUCGUCGCUGGACUUCCUCAGCUCCAACGCACUGCAGGUGCCGGUUGGACCGACCGUGCUCAACGUCGAGCGUUCUGCCGACUAUCCGAACUACGUCGAGGUGUCGCUGCUCAAAAAGGAAGACGGAGCCCGCGGACGCACCCGCAAGCACAUGCGCUUCUUUGUGCCCGCGUUCCUGGUCUUCAGCCAGAUCGGCUGGUAUGCGCUUGCCAUCGCCGGCGUGAAGCUGCUUGCGAUUAAGGCCUUUUUGGUCGCUAAAAUUGCCCUAAUUGUCGUAGCGAUGAUGACGUUCAAGAAGCUCAUGGAGCCGGUCGCUGUCAUGCCAGCACCGUACUUCGACCAUCCGGAACCGUUCAUGAUGCCGUACGGUAUGGACUUCCACCACGGGUUCGGUGGUGCUAGCAACGACAUGUACUCGAUGGGACUGGGCGGCCAUCUCGGACACCACGACGGACCGUCGGCCCUGCACGCCGCCGAAGGUGGUCUCGGUGCUGCCAGCAACGUGAAUGCCGCCGUCGUCGAUGCAGCCGCUUCUACCGCGACCGACAAGUCGAGCAGCUCGGCGGCCCAGCCCGUGGCGGUUGCCGGCGGCAGUGAGCGUCACCAUUUCGGCGCCGGAAGCAAGAUUAAGCGACAAGACGUCUACGCGCAGCCCCAGGCCGCCAAGUACUUCAGAUAGGAGCAUCUACCCAGCCACAGCAUCUAAUACUACCAUACGCUCGCUGAACUGCAACGCAAAACGGCAUCCGACACUCGAGAACGAUGCAACGGUUGCGGCAUCGAAGAUCGCGCACAGGGAGGGAGAUCGUCCUGCCGCCCUGUGUGGUGUCUGUUGUAUUAUUUGUUUCCCCCACGAUGUCUCCCGGUCGCCACCCCCCGGCCGGGUGGUGAUCGCGCCGAAGACAGCACAAGCCUGACGAACCUGUAAACUGUUGCCAAAAUUGUCCCCCCAACCUCAACUCCCUCCCCAGCUCCUCCCUCCCUGCCCCAUCCCCCCAAGCAUCCCGAAAUAAAGCAUAUUUAUUUAUUUAUUUAUUACUUGUGACGGAAAAAAUCGUA